AUGACCUACACGCACACGCAGGGGAUUCGCAACGACUACGCGGACUUCUCUUACGGCAUCCUGGAUGUGAACAAGGCAGCUGGCCUCUUAACCUUGCUGGAAAACGGCAUGCCCAAAUUGGAUGGCCACUCGGACCUCAACGGCAAGACCAUCGUGGAUGUCGGUGGCUGGGCCCCUACGGCAGAUGGCUUGGACUUCGUGACGAACAAGUGCCUAAACCAGAAGUACUCGAGCAACUACACAUUGGUUGUGGGUAAUGGCAACGACGAAGCGAUGACGAUGCUGCGUAACGGCUCAGCCGACGCGAUGUUCGUGUAUGCUGACCAAGCCAAGAACUACCAGUGUGAUGGAAGCACGGUUGCGGCAUGGGAUUGCGCGCUGUGGCAAGGCUUCGGCACGGAAUAUGCCUACGUCCAGACAGGGCAGUUCGGCUACGUCGUCAACGGCACGACCCUGGCGCUGUCCAAGAAAGGGAGUGGAGUACCGGAAGCGAUCAACUCCUGCUUGGCAGAAGUCAUGGCAACAGAGGCAUAUUACGAUGCUUGCGUGAAGUACGACUUGGUAGAUUCCUGCUAUGCCAACAGCUUCUUCCCCAGCUCAGGGAUCGUAAUCCACGAGUACAACAAGGAGACGGACGAGCAUGCGGGCGACUGCUCCAGUGGUUAUUGCCCGUGCCCCUCGACCACAACUCCAACGACUCAAACUUCGCUUGCGACGGGCUUAAGCAUCAAAGCGUUGAUGGGUGCCACACUCUCCUUUUUGGUUGCUCUGCUCCUGUAG